AUGUCUCAGGAAGUUGACUGGUUACACAGCCAGGCAGGUGUGUGUAAAGUAGACCUCUACAACCCCGAUGAACAGAAGGACCAGGACCGGAAAGUGAUCUGUUUUGUCGACGUCUCCAGCCUGAAUGUAAAAGACAAAGAUUCAAAAGCAAAGAAAGCUGCUAGCCAGUCCAGCAACAUGUCUGAACCUUCAAAUGAACUUGAUCUGGGCAAUCUGGAGGAAAAAGAAGUCAUUGUAAUAAAGGACAACGAGAAGCAUGAUCAUUCUAAAACUGAAGGAGCAGUAUGUCUUUUCAAACAAGGUUCAACUGAUGAACUCAGCGUUGUGAGCUGGCUCAACAAUGACCUUCAGAAAUAUGCAGUUGGAUUCCAGCAUGCACUGACCCCUUCAGAUGCCCCUCAGAAACGCAAAGUUAGCCAAACCUUCAAUGAUCCAUCGUUAUCCCAGAACAGUGACACAUCUUUAAAGUCUGCCGGUGCUCAAAAGGGAAAGAGAGAUCCAGAUGAUGUUUCAUACUAUGUAAAUAAACUCUGUUCUUUGGUUGUUCAAAUGGCACGUAAAGAGAUCACAGAUAAAUUGGAAGGCACUGCCAGUAAGUUUAUACGUCAGGGGAUUCACGGUUCAGGGAAAAAUAACAAUUCCCGUGGUUCUGUGAGUAAAAUCGCAUCACAAAUGGUGAAUGAAGCUGUUGAUGCAAGCACACAGGACCCCCAGAGUAAACUACCAUCCCCCAGACCAUCUCAAGAAAAGACUACCAAGAAGGAAGAUAUUCCAGGUUCUAAGAGAACAUCACUCUUCUAUAGUGAGAUGUCCAAUCAAAAUGGUUAUAAACAGGGAGGAAAGCCUGGAGAUACACAAAUGUGUCAGCAAGCAAAACAGUCUGGGCAGGAUGAUUCUGGUACUUCUGUAAGCAAAGGGUUAAUGGUUUAUGCAAAUCAGGUUGCUUCAGACAUGAUGUUCUCAUUCAUGAAGACCAUGAAAGUCCAAAGGAAAGAUGGUAAGACAACCCCAGCUUGUGUAGUUUUGAAGAAAGUAAUCCUCAAACAUACCAAAGAUGUCAUAUCAGACUUGAUAGACUCAACCAUGAAAAAUCUGCAUAAUGUCACAGGGGUGCUCAUGACAGAUUCUGAUUUCGUUUCCACAGUGAAGAAAAAUCUUUUCAACAUAGGAAGUCAAAAGUCUACUGAAAUUUUGGAAGCAAUGGUGAAACGCCUGUUUAAAGCCCUAGCAGGGGAUGAUAAGCAGUCCAGGUCUCAAAGCCUAGCAUACACAUCACUUAAAACAGGCUCCCAAGACAGCAAAUCUCAAGGCAUGCAAUUUACAGCAAUGAAAAGUGAAAUGCAUAAUCAAGGGAAGGACAAAGACCGAGGGGCUAGCAAGGGUCAAUCAUCAUCAUCAAGCAAAGCUUCAGAAAAGCAUUGCUCAAUGGAUAAGUACGCAAAAGACCUCAUUGUGACUGCAUUAAUGUUGAUACAACAACAUCUAUUACAACAGACAAAUGGCAAAGACUCAGCACGUGAAUCAGCUGCCAGUUCAUUUGGAUAUGUUUCUCGUGAUUCUCAUUUUGAAAAGGCGGAGAGCAGCCAUAGUUCCAAGUCCCUUUCAAUGGCUGCUGGAUCAAGGCACUCAGGGGCAAAGAAUGACCACCACCAACUUGACUCCCAAAAGGGGGACAUAUCAGGUAUCCUGUUAUCAAUCAUCCAGAAGGUCUUAUGUGAGGCUGGUUUCAAUAUAGAUGACAAUUCCAGUGAAACAAACAAGAAUUAUAAAGAGGCUGCCACCAAUGAUAGCAAGUGCAGCAAAAAGGCCUUAUCUAAACAGCCCAAUUCAGCCAUGGAUCAGUUUGACAAUAUGGAUCAGAUGAACAAACAAUUUAUUGAUCAACUGGUGGAAUCUGUAAUGAAGUUGUGUCUAUUCAUGGCCAGAAACAACAGCCCAGAUUUAGCUAUAGGUGACCUGUUGGAUGAACAAAAUGCAUAUGGUGCUUCAUCCUCAAAAAUGCCAGCAGUACCCAGGAGAAAUUCACAAUCCAAGGGUAAUGGAAAACAGCUACCAGGUUCAUCAUCUGGUUCUGAAGUGAUAGUGAACAACCAGAAUGCCAACAGCAGCUUACUGAACAAAGAACUCCAGGCUAUCCUCCAGUGGAUGGCUGCUUCCCACUUCAACGUGCCCAACCUGUCAUUCAUGAAUGAAAAUGAUGGGGAUUUGAAGAAGCUUCCUUUGUUGGCUGAAAAAGCAGCCAAGAAGAGCUAUAGUGUUGGUGAUAUUCUCCAAGAGGUAAUGAGGUACUUCGAAAAACAACAGAUGGAUGCCGCUGUGGGAAACAUGCCUCGUUGUGGGCUGAUGGACUGGUUGCUUGCUAACCUGUAA